CCCCGCCUUCCCGCUCGCCUCGCAUCCUGGCUCCCUCCUGCCGUGGUCCGGUGCCAGGGCGUCCGUCCAGCCGCCCGCCUGUCCCAUCCAUCCAUCCCUCCAUCCUUUCCCCCCAUCCUUUCCUCCCUGCCCAGGGCCCCGGGCUCCGGCCGCGGGGACAGCUCCCAGGCUGGAAGAAGGGCAGCCUGGAAGGGGGGUACGGCCAUGGAGGAGGGGGCCUCGAGCCGGGCAGCCCCGGAGGAGGAAGAGGCUGCCGCCGCCGCCGCCGCCGCCCCCAACCCCUUCGUCCACGAGCUGCAGUUGACCCGCCUGCAGAAAGUCAAGGUGAGCUGCGGCGGCGGCGGCGACGAGCGAGGGAGGCUCCCCGCACCCAACGCGCGUUUUUCCGACGGGGCGGGCGGAGCGCAAGGGCGCGCCCGGGGGAAGGGAACAGCGGGGAAAUGUUGCUGGACGUCGAGGGGGGGGGGAAUAUAUGGGGCCGCGGCGAUCGGUCGGUUCUCUCUGGAAAUGUGGGGUGCCGGGGGUGGCGUCGUCUAGGAAAGAACGGUCCCCUGUAGGGGGACGAGGUUGCUGUGUGGCGUGUUUGUGUUUUCCCCUACGGGUGGGGGCAGCGCUCCGUGGGUCGAAGAUGUGGGGCUUUUUUUCUGAAGUGGCCUUGCUCGGCUGUGGGUCUCCUGGAAGUGAAGGGCGCUUGGAGGGGAGGCCCGUGGGCCAUCUGAGGAGACCCCUGGAGGGGGCGUUUUGGUGGAGUUUCAGUGGUCUUGGCAGGGUUGUUGUUUAAGACUGCGGGCGAUCUGUUCGUGCCUCCGUGGGCUGUCCUGUAGGAACUGCAGCGCAUAUGGGGGCUGGUGCGAUUUCUUGAUGGGUCUCGCAGGCAGUCUUCCCUCCCCCAUCCCCAGGUAGCAUUUUAUUUUAUGGAGCUUGACUUAUCUUUUUUUUGGGGGGGGUGAUUCUGUUGCUAUGGUGUGCCCUUAGAAAUGAAAGAGAGUUUUGCCAAGCUGCGGGUUGCCUUAUAUAGGUCUUCUGGAGUUGGGAUGCCCUUAGUGGAGCGGGGGGGGGGCAUGAUGAGGGGGGGUACUAUAGGGCUUUAAAGGUGAUGACCAGUUGUAUAAAAGGGGUUUUGUGCAGAGGACAAGGCAUUUCUGGGUGGGUGGAUGUGUCGGCGUGUGUGUGCAAGGUUUGCCUCCCAGGUUUUUGCAGUUUUGGGGGUUCCAGCAGGAGUUUACUUUGAGCUGUGUGUGACACUGGGACCCAUAGAUUGCCGGAGUGUUUGUGUGUGUGUUUUUAAAGGGGGCUACUGUAGGCCUGUCAUGAUGAUGGAUGGGAUUCCUCGAGGGACUGGAGUUUUAGCAGGGCGAGACCGCAUGGAAGGGGGGUCCCGUAUAAGAGGGCCAUAUCGGGUUUAUGGGACUGGAAUAGGUCCAAAAGAAGCGCCAAGGGGGUCCAGAAGAUCCUAGGGAUUCCUCUCCAGCAGGAUCUCUGCAGAGCCUCUAAGCUGUUGGACAGGCGCCGUUUGUUUCAGAGAGGCAGCAGCAGAUUCGGGAGUCCUUUAUAGGGUCAGGAAAGGGCAAGGGCUUUGUGGGGGCCGCUGCAGUGCAUUGUGGGUGAUUAUGCAGUCCUUAGCGAGCGACAAGGUUGCUGUAGGGUCUGCCCCCUCUCCCCAAACAAGCAGGGCAAGUUUUACACAUGCAGAAAAGACCCGCCCCCCAAACCACUGGGGACAAAAAGUGGUAGAAUAGAGGAUUUCUAUAUAGAGCAAGUGCAUGAUGCCUCCUUAUGAGGGUCACUUUUUUGGGAGGGGGUUCCCUCUUGGCUUUUGGAGAAAGGAGAUGGGGGAGAAUUAAAGUCAAAGUGAUGACUCUCUGCUGCUUCCCCCUUUUUUUUGCUUUAGCCAUGCGGCAUUUUUGAAGGGGGGUGCGGAGGAGAAAAGGGAGGCAGUGGAGAAUGACUGAGAGGCCUAUUGAAGCAGGAGUGCUGUGCGUCUUUCCAGGGGUUGCUGCACCGGGCUUGGAUCUUGGUGCACCCCCAUAGCGGGGCGGGGGGGAGAGAGACAGAGAGAAAGAAGCCCGGUGGUUGGAUUACACCGGCAGUGUGGCCCCCAAAAAAGCAAUACCACAGAACGAAGGCAGCAGCAACUGAUCUCUUCUUCCACCCCCACCACAAGCAGCCCUUGCCGUUUGCUGUCUUCCUAGUUCUGCUUCCGUGACUCUGUAUUAGCUCUCGCAGUUGUUAAGACUCUCCUUGGCAACAACAGGGACUGUUUGGAGGGCGACGGCAGGUGCCCCCUUCCUCACAUCCAGCCUUGCUGGCCUUUAUUCUUCUUAGCCUUGGCAUGAAACCCCCCUGCCCCUUCUCCCCUCCCCACGGUGGGUCGUAUGCCCACUCCCCAGUAUGCAAGCUCCCCCUGCCAUCCUGCCCUGCAAUAACUCUUUUAUUAUUCUAUUGCUGAGUCCUCCUCCUCCUUCUCUCCUCCCCCCACUACCCGCCUGCUGCCUGGUGCUAAAUAUUCCCAUUUGUGCUUGUCAGCUGGACAGAUUUAAACUGAAUUUUUCAGUUCCCAUAGCGCUGAGAGUGCAGAGACACAAUUCCCAAAUUAUAUGUAUAAACACACACACACACAUAUCUAUAUAUAAACCAUCAAACAUACAUAAACAAACACACACACACACUUCCAUUUAUUUCGCUGUAGCUUAGAACUGUAGUUGGAAGGGCCCCCCAAGAGAUAUUUAGUCCAACCCCCUGCAAUGCAGGAAUCUUCUGCCCGGCAUGGGGAUCAAGCCCACGGCCCUGAGGUUAAAAGCCUCAUGCUCUACUGAUGGAGCUAUCCCAGCUUAAGGCAGGGGAGGGGAACCUGAGGCCCCUGUGAGUCGGAUGUGGCCCUUGAGAGAUCUGUGGCCCCAGCUUCACACCCUGAGGGUCUAUGUCAGGGCAGAACAAGUCCUUGAUCUCUGUUAAGGCCACUUGGUUGUCUGGAUGGGAGAUAAGAGAAGGGUUUGUUGUUAUUUAGUCGUUUAGUCGUGUCCGACUCUUUGUGACCCCAUGGACCAGAGCACGCCAGGCACGCCUGUCUUCCACUGUCUCCCGCAGUUUGGUCAAACUCAUGCUGGUAGCUUCGAGAAGGGUUUAUUUGUAGAAAUCUGCCUAAGGAAGGGCAGUAAUAUUUACACUUGUCGUCCCCACUCACUUUUGCUUCUGUCCCUGCCUGCCCGCCCAGUGGCAUUGGUCCUUCACAUUGAAACGAGGUUCCCCCACCCAGUUUAAGGGCUGGGGGUGCAGAAGGAAAAGAGAGCCUUGCUGUAGGACAGGGGUCAGCAAACUUUUUCAGCAGGGGGCCAGUCCACUGUCCCUCAGACCUUGUGGGGGGCCGGACUAUAUUUUGAAGGGGGGGGGAGAGAACGAAUUCCUAUGCCCCACAAAUAACCCAGAGAUGCAUUUUAAAUAAAAGCACACAUUCUACUCAUGUAAAAACAGCAAGAAAGCCCCACAAAUAACCCAAAGGUGCAUUUGAAAUAAAAGGACAUAUUCUACUCAUGUAAAAACACGCUGAUUCCUGGACUGUCCGCGGGCUGGAUUGAGAAGGUGAUUGGGCCGGAUCCAGCCCCCCAGGCCUUAGUUUGCCUACCCCUGCUGUAGGAAGAGCUGGUAGCCCAGUGGCAGAGAAUAUGGUUACAUGCAGAAGGCAACAGGGUCAACCUUUGGCAUCUUCAGGUUAGAUGGGGGUGGGGAGGGGGACUCCCAGUCUGAAACCGAAGAGCCACUGCCAGUCAGUGUAGGCUGAGUGGAGUUUGAUGGACCAAUGCCUUGACUCAGUGUAAUCAUGUUUCCUGCGUCGUUCUAAUGCACCUAUCUUCUAUGUGUUUACAAAGUUUGCAAAGAGGUAGGAAGGCAGAUCCCUGCCCUAAGGCCAGCAAUGCAGAACAGCCAUCUCUAGCCAGAUGUUUUGGACCAUUGGUCUUCAGCUGUCGUGUUGGGACCAGCAUUCGAAAUUUGACAGGUGCAUUUUGCACCUUGGCUAUCAGCCACUUGAGACCAAGUGAGGGAUGGUCCAGGUGCCAGGAUGUCUUCUGACGUCUCCACCAUCUGGAGGUGCAUGCCUGGGGAUCCUUGGGUCUUGGCUGUUUCCGCACACUAGCAACGCAUCCUGUAGAAGUCUAGCCGCUAUAUUUUAUCUGCACCAUCAGAAUGAAUUUCAGGAACCAAAAAGUCGUAUUGAAAAAUACAACCUUUGAGCCGUCUGGCACAAAAAUGGCAACUAGGCAAUCCAUGUUGGCAACCGUAAUCCUGGUUUAAGGAGCCAUUUGGCACGUAGAUUAUAUAUUUGAAUUUCUAACACUGGUUGGGACCCACUACUGGGGUCAACUCAAGGCCUGAUCUAAGGUGAGCAUCAAAAAAGGAGAAUUUGGUUCCCAAAUGCAUGUUUGGGUUAAUUCAGGGUCUUUGGCUUGAAAGAGAGAGAGAGAGAGAGAGAGAGUUUGGAUUUGAUAUCCCGCUUUAUCACUACCCGAAGGAGUCUCAAAGCGGCUAACAAUCUCCUUUCCCUUCCUCCCCCACAACAAACACUCUGUGAGGUGAGUGGGGCUGAGAGACUUCAGAGAAGUGUGACUGGCCCAAGGUCACCCAGCAGCUGCAUGUGGAGGAGCGGGGAAGCGAACCGGGUUCACCAGAUUAUGAGUCCACCGCUCUUAACCACUACAUCACACUGGCUCUCAUUGUGAAAAAUGCUGAAAACUACUGUUUUUGGACUGCAACACCCACCAACCUUGACCAUUAGACAUGCUGUUCAGAGUCUGAUGGGAAUUGUAGUCCCAAACAUUUUGAGUGGGGGCAAGUUGGGGAAGACUGAUCUGAGGUGCGGCAGAUAGAAAACAGCAGAAGGGACAGGAAAUGAAGGGACAAUGCGCCAUUAUUUCAGUUCCCAGUUAUUUGGCUUAAAUUACAAUUGGGUAAGAGGAUUAGGAGGUUGUGAGAAAAGCUUCAUGGAAAAAGUGGAAUUUUUGAGGUGGAAUUUGAUGGAAUAUAGAGUCCAAAAUUCUCUCUUCUCCCCCCGCAAUGAAAAUACAGUGGUACCUCAGGUUAAGUACUUAAUUCGUUCCGGAGGUCUGUUCUUAACCUGAAACUGUUCUUAACCUGAAGCACCACUUUAGCUGUGCCGCCGGAGCACGAUUUCUGUUCUCAUCCUGAAGCAAAGUUCUUAACCUGAAGCACUAUUUCUGGGUUAGCGGAGUCUGUAACCUGAAGCGUCUGUAACCUGAAGCGUAUGUAACCUGAGGUACCACUGUAUAACUGAAAUGGCAGGUGCAUAAGGAAUGCACACUGUCUUUCAUGGCUAAUCUCAACCAGAUCAGACCCCCAUUAGUGCAUAUGGGGCGGGAAACCACCGUCCCAAGUUCAUAAUUGCGCAUUGGUGGGGUCUGAGCAACUCUCUAGGAAAGUGAUCUUGAGGUCAUGGAGAUCAGGCAAUGAACGCAACAGUGAAAAGGGCAAAUUCCCUGCUUGGGGAUUAUUAGAGAAAGAUCUGAAAAUAAAACAGGCAGUAUUGUAAUGCAUUUAUACAGGCCAGCCACAUUUGGAACAUUGCUGGAACAGGGGGACAGAAAUUAUCAAAGCUGGGGGGAGAGAGAGAUGGACAGAAAGAGAGAGAGACAGAGAGCGAGCACAUCAUUCCAUACAGAAAGGGUGAAGCAUUGGGGCUUUUGCAUUAGAAAAAAAUGGCUCAGGUGAAGGGAAGUGGCAGUGUUAAGAUUUCUAAGAGAGAUAGAGUGGCCUGGUUUUCAGAGGGCCUUCCUCUAGCUCAGCCUUCCCCAGCUAGCACCUUCCGGAUGUUGUGGGGUUCCCAGCUCCCAUCAGCCCCAGCUAACGUGGCCAGUGAGCAGGGAUGGUAGGAGCUGCAGUCGAUCAAUACCUGGAGGGCAACAGGUUUGGGGGAGGCUGCUCUCUUUGCAAGUGGCUUCAGCAUGAAGAGCAAUCUGGUCCAAGUCUGGAUUAAAGGUCCUUAAGGAAGUGAGAGCAGGAGAAGCCUGGGCACUGCCCAUCAGCAGCUAGCAGCAGACAGCAGAUUCAUGCAGGUCACAUGGUCCUAUGGUUUUUCCCUUACUCUUUCAAAAUACUAGAACUAAGAGUCACCCAAUAAAGUUAAUGGGCAGCAGAAUUGGGACAAACACCUUGCACAACACCUGAAUUGUUUUUGUGGAACUCCCUGCUGUUCUGGAUCCGUCUCAAAAGGGGAGGAUGCAAAUUUGUUGAGGAGGGUUGGUCAGCCAAAAGCUGCUAGCCAGGAUGGCUAAAUGGAGACUUCGUGUUCGAAAGCAGUCUACCUCCAAAUACCUAUUCCAGGGGAGACAAAAAAACAGGAAGGGAACCAUUGCAUUCCAUGUCCGGACUGGGAGUCACUGGGUUGGAUCCAGAUUAGUUGUGUUCGGAGUAGACCCAUUGAAACCAGCUGCCUUUGCCAACUAUAGGUGCAGUACCAUGGCGUAACGAGGACCGUGGCUCAGUGGCGGAGAAUCUGCUUUGUAUUUCUAUGUUCCCAGGUUUGGUCUGUGGCAUCCCUGGGUGGGGGAGAGCCCUGUCUAAAAUCCUGGGCAGCUGCUACCAGCCAGUGUAGACAGUACUGAGCUAGAUACACAAGUGAUUGAAAGAAAGCUUCAUUUAAUUUCAGCAGGUUGACACUAAAUAUGAUGAGAUGUGGAUCCACCCCACUGUUGGAAGAGGGCGCUGCACUGGAUCAUUGGCCUGAUCCAGUCUCUCCUUCUGGCUUUCACUUCUCGCCUGCUUCAUCCUGGGAGUUUUGAUUUAAUUUCCAAAAUGAACAGCUGCUGGGAUGCCGAUCUGCCUGGGAGCCAUUUAUUGUGUGACCUGGAAGGUCCUGUUUCGUUCUAAAUCCUCAGUCUGUCAGGCCUUCCUGUGGAUGCUGUUCAGCACUGAAGGGUAGCAGGGCGGGGACUGAAUUAAAUCGGCGAUUUAGAUUAUGAUUCAAAUCACUAAAUGAGGGAGAAGCCGGUUUAAAUCAAGUUUUCCAACGGUAAUCCAUAUAUAUUCUUAUUUUUAUUUUUAAAAAGAUGCAUAUUGAUUGGUUAAUCUAAUCCCUAAAGACCGUUGACAGUUAAAUAUGCAGGUGAAAUUGCAAGGAGAAGGUGCACUGACAGAGAGCAGACUUCCUCUUUCAUUUCUCCCAUACUGAGUCACACUCCUGCUAUGCAAACCGAAAUCCAGAGUAGCUAAACCAUAAAAAGAAACAACUCCCUGAAGCUUUUGUCUGUUUCGAGACAAAGGGCCCCGAAUCAAGGGGAAAGCUGCUUGUUUUAUGCGUUCAGAAGACAUAAAGGAAACGUCCUUGUCUGCUUACAGAGAGUAAAUAUUCACAAUUUGAGAACUGAGGAAACUGCAGGAUUCUGGUUGAAGGACAUUUUUUUUAAAAAAAAUGGGAGCAUGCAAGUUCUGCCCAGGCAGGAAAUAUCUCCCAGUGCCGGAAGGUGCAAUGAUUUGUGAGUCCCCAGUAUCAAGCCCAUGAUAACAAAGCCCUAUGUGAUCAGUUCCUGCCAUAUUUAGAGUGCUUGAUCUCAAGCCUGGAGAGUGUCUCACACCCACACUGUGCACAUGGCUUCCCACAAAUGAACUCUGGGAACUGUAGUUUGUUAGGGGCACCGGGCUUUGUGGGUGCAUACUAUAGUUCCCAGGAUUGCUUGAGAGAAGCUGUGACUGUUGAUGUGCUAUAAAUGCACCUUAAAUGGUGUGGAUGGUUAGUUAAGGAAGUUCAGGGAGGAAUAUUUCUUUUACUGUACACCUUCUUUCUGACAGUAAGAGCUGUUCGACAGUGGAACUGUCUACCUCGGGAGGUUGUGGAGUCCCCUUCCUUGGAGGCUUUUAAGCAGGGGUUGUAUGGCCAUUUGUCAUGGAUGCUUUAGUGAGAUCCCUGCACUGCAGGACUAGAUGACUAGCUGAUCCUUGGGGUCCCUUCCAACUCUGCAAUUCUAAGUCUAUUAUUCUUGCAGCCCUGAAAAGCCAUUCUGGAGGGUCUGGGGAGCUCCUGAAUUGAGUGGGGUGGGGGGAAAGAUCAGAAACCAGGAAGACCAAGUAUUCUUAAAAGACUGGACUAACUUUUUAAUUUGUUUGAGAGACCACUGUAAACAGCUGAAGUCUGGUUCAUUUUUUCAAAAAGUGAAUUUGUUGCGCUAAGGCGACAGGGCCCUUUAACCCACUUUCAUUACAUUGAUCUAAAUUUUCGGUUUGUGCUUGAAUCCCUUCCACAAAAUAGUAACAGUCCAAAGGGACUCAUAGUCUCUGGUAUUAGAACAUCGCCUUCGAUCUUGGCCCAUGCGUGGCUUUGACUACGCAUCUGCCCUUGGCCCAUAGACUGAAAUGCAACUGCUCCUACCUGUUUACUGCCUAGCUGCCCGGACUCUUGCUAAGGCCUGAGGGAGGUUUUGCCUUUGCUUGCUUCUCUCAUCUUGUGGCAGUGAGUUCCAUCUAUGAACUCUGUGAUGUGUUAGGAAAUAUGUCUCAAAGCUCCCGCUAGUGAGUUUCAUUGGAUGGUUCCUGAUUGGUUGGUUUAUUUAGACAAUUUAUAUACUGCUUAAACACAUCCGUCUCUUAGCAGCAUACAGGGAGUGCCAUACAAUGCAAAUAAAAACCUGUCAAAUCUAUAAAAUCAGAAUUUCAUUUAGCAUGCCCACUGGACAGGGGGGUUGUGUGUUGAGGUUUCGUUUGCUUUUGUUUAUUUCUUAAUUAAUGGGUGUGAUUAUUGCUUUGUUUAUUAUUUGAGUAUGGAGUUUUCAUUAAUUGAUGUUAAAAGGUAAAGGGACCCCUGACAAUUAAGUCCAGUUGCGAACGACUCUGGGGUUGUGGCGCUCAUCUCGCUUUAAAGGCAGAGGGAGCUGGCGUUUGUCCGCAGACAGUUUUUCUGGGUCAUGUGGCCAGCAUGACUAAGCCGCUUCUGGCGAAACCAGAGCAGUGCACGGAAAUGCCGUUUACCUUCCCACCGGAGCGGUACCUAUUUAUCUACUUGCACUGUGUGCUUUCGAACUGCUAGGUUGGCAGGAGCUGGGACCGAACAACGGGAGCUCACCCCGUCACGGGGAUUCGAACCGCCAACCUUUUGAUCGGCAAGCCCAAGCGGCACAGCGCCACCCCCGUCCUAAAUUGAUGUUACGUUAUAUGAAACAUUAAUGUGUUAUAUUAUUUCCCACACACACACACACACACUUUCCCUCCUAAGAUAUUAUGUACAGUACUGUAUGUCUUUUUUCUUUUUUCACUUUAUCUUCUUAGUUGCCUUCGGGUUACAAGCAACUAAUAAUGAAUGAAUGAAUGGGAUUUCUUAAAAAGUUUUCAGUAGAUGCUGGAAGUUCAGCAGGCCAGCCAUGGAAGGCAAUGCUGAAUGCUCAUUCUAGCAUUAUGAAGGAGAGAGAAAAUGCCCAGUUCUCUUCUUGUUUCCCAUUCCUGCCUUGAACAUGUGGGGUGGAGCGGGAAGAAAACCACUUCAAAACAAAGGAAUGUAAUAGCUUAAACCUGCUUGACUCACAUCCUAUUCUCUCUCCCCUUCUUGACCUCCCUGCAAUCCAAACAGAAACGAGAUCCCUGAGUCAUUGUCCCUACCCACAUUCACAGUUUACUGCUGCCUUUUUUAAAAAACCCCUUCUUUGGGAUCUGUGCAGUGCCGGAAGGCAUGAAAUGAGACCUUAUUUACCACCGGGAAGAAGCUGCGCAUGUCAACAUUUUCAGGCGGUUUGGAGACCUCCAGUUUAGAAAUCCAACUCAAAGCAAGGUCAUUCCUGAUGCUUUUCUGUCCAUAUAUGGGACUAUGAAAGAGCGGUGCACAUUGGAACAGGCGCUUCCAAACCGCGUUCCGCAAGCUUCCUUCAGGUGGUCUGAGGAGUGUCUGUGGAUUCGUGGCUGAAGGCAGGAGAGAGAGCACACCCAUUGCAUUUAAUAUACAUACUGAUUUUUGAUUGCUUCUUUUAUUUAUUUUGUUGCAUUGAAAUCCGAAUUCUGUGGAAUUCAAUAAAAUGCAAUAUAUAAAAGACAAUAAAAAACAUAUAGAGGUACCUCAGGUUAAGUACUUAAUUCGUUCCGGAGGUCUGUUCUUAACCUGAAACUGUUCUUAACCUGAAGCACCACUUUAGCUAAUGGGGCCUCCCGCUGCGCCGCCGGAGCACCAUUUCUGUUCUCAUCCUGAAGCAAAGUUCUUAACGCAAGGUACUAUUUCUGGGUUAGCGGAGUCUGUAACCUGAAGCGUAUGUAACCCGAGGUACCACUGUAAUUGAAAAUCAUAUAGCAUCUAGCACAGCAUGUUAUGAUUUGCUACAACAGGCAAAAAAAGAAGAAGAAAUAGUUCAGUGGUCUGCACAGACGCUCCACAAUUUUUAGAUGGGGUGUGUAAAUUUUAAGUUUGGGGACCACUGCUUUAGAAUCCUUUGCAGUGUUUAGGGGUUCCAUAGCAAGUAUUUAGGGUGGGGGUCCUCAGGCUCAGAGACUGAAUGCUGCCCUCGAGACUUACCAUAUUUUUUGCUCUAUAAGACUCACUUUUUUCCCUCCUAAAAAGUAAGGGGAAAUGUGUGUGCGUCUUAUGGAGUGAAUGCAGGCUGCGCAGCUAUCCCAGAAGCCAGAACAGCAAGAGGGAUUGCUGCUUUCACUGCGCAGCGAUCCCUCUUGCUGUUCUGGCUUCUGAGAGUCAGAAUAUUUUUUUUCUUGUUUUCCUCCUCCAAAAACUAGGUGCGUCUUGUGGUCUGGUGCGUCUUAUAGAGCGAAAAAUACAGUAUUUAUCAGGCCCUCAGGAUGCUCCCAGACCAUGCCCCCCCCCCUCACUGGUCCUCCUCCACAUCCUCCCCAAGUGCUUUGGCCUGACUGAAAAGUGUCCUUGAACUUUAAGUAACUCUUCUUGCUUUUCUGGAUGGGAGGAUAGGGACGGGUUUGUUUAGAAGAGAGAGGAAAGACAUUUGUUUGCCUGGAAUGUCAGCCGUUGCACAAAGUGAAGAUAGAGAAGCUGUGAGCCUUUAGAUCCGUAUUUCCCAAACUUGAGUCUCCAGCUGUUUUUUUGGACUACAAUUCCCAUCAUCCCUGACUACUGGCCCUGCUAUACUUAGGGACGAUAGGAGUUGUAGUCCAGCAAGACCCAAGUUUGGGAAAUCCUGCUCUCGAGGUUGCUGGACUCCCAACUCCCAUCAGCCUCUAGCCAGCAUAACCACGGGUCUGGGAUGAUAAGAGAUGUAGUCCAACAAUGUCUGCAGGGUGCCACAUUUCUCAUCCCUGGUACACAGGUUAAGAGUCGCAUCCAUUGCGCCACGUACCCCUGGUCCUGCCCCUUUGGCCCUUGGCUCCACCCACCACUGCCAUGUGGCCCUCAGGAUGAAAAAAGUUCCUCACUCCUGUCCUGAUUUAGGGAUUGAGCUCUUGUGGACAGUUUGUAUCGUAUAACUCGGGCUUGGGUCCAGGCUUAGCCAUUCUUAGAGUUGCUGUUGUUGUUUAGUCGUUUAGUCGUGUCCGACUCUUUGUGACUCCAUGGACCAGAGCACGCCAGGCACUCCUGUCUUCCACUGCCUCCCGCAGUUUGGUCAAACUCAUGCUGGUAGCUUCGAGAACACCGUCCAACCAUCUCGUUCUCUGUCGUCCCGUUCUCCUUGUGCCCUCCAUCUUCCCCAACAUCAGGGUUUUUUCCAGGGAGUCUUCUCUUAGAGUAGGCCCAUUGAAAUAAUAAUAAUAAUAAUAAUAAUAAUAAUAAUAAUAAUAAUUUAUUAGAUUUAAAUACUGCCCUUCACGACAAGAUCUCAGGGUGGUUCACAGGGUAAAAAUACAAAAUUAAAACACAAGUAAAUAGUUAAAACAAAAACAACAAAACAAUACACCCCCUUUAGUCAAUAGCAGUCAGGGAUUAUAAUUUAACACCCUUGUGACCUCUUCCACAAAGGAGGCUGCCCACUGUAUCUCUUAACGAUUUAUUCCUUUUAUUUUUGUCUGCAUUUGCACUAGGUGUGACUAGGUCACUUGGUCAAACCCAAUGUAGCAGUGGCCUCAGAAAAGCCCAUUCAUGGAAGAGUCUGCCUGAUGCAACCCUGUAUGAGUCACUGCCCUAGGCUCAUCUCUACCCAUUCAGGGGACCUCACUCAGGACACAUACAGAAGCAUGGCUCCACUGAGAACGGCAAAUUCUUUCUUUUUCAUACUCUAAAAGUAAAACCCGGGGGGGGGGCUGUUAAGCGUUCCUCUCCUUUUAUUAAAUAACGAUUUCUGCGUGUUGUCUGACAUUUGGAAAAGCACGGCUUUAUUUAUCCUCCGCCCGUGCUGCUUCUGCCUUGCUGAAUGCUUAUUUGCCACCUGCUCCUUUCCGAAGAUUGCUCUUCCAUUGAACACACGCUGUAGAUUUUACCGAGCGCCUCCUCUUACACACAAACACACCUGUCUCCUGCCAGAUUUAUUGCUGCAGAUCUGCCCACUGUCCUGCAGCCCUGGUACCAUUCCAUGCCUACUUCUCCCGCAUGCCUUCCCGUUGCCCCCUCCAAGCUUCCCCUCAUUUCCCCUUCCCAUCCUUCAGCCCUCGCAGGCUCCUUCCCUCCUUCCCGUAAACAAUGCAGGCACUUCCCAGGGGAAAGGUUACUAGCGGUCAGUGCAGCGCAAGUUCUUUGGGGGGUAUUUAUGUCCAGAGAGGCCCGAGAGGGGAGUCCAGAGUGGGACCAGCUUCUCUGCAAGCCAGGAAUUCCAGAGCAACGGCCACUGGGACACGGGGUAGGGUUGUUUCCUCCUGCGGCUGGUUUGUGAGAACAGCCGCCGGUGCGAUCACACAAUAUUAGCCUGAUUCUUUUAAUAGUGGGCUGGCCAGCCUAUGCUAGUUAACGGAUGGGCACAUUUUAAUUUGCAGACUCACAAUUUAAGGCUGCUCCUUUAUUUAUUUAUUUUAAUUUUGGGGUUUCCCCACCCUCUCGCUGAUUAUCGUCAUAGGGAAAGGAAAAGGCAAUUCUAAAACAAUAUAGACUCCACAGGGAAGCUGUUUUGUGUUCCGUUCCAAACCCUUCCCAAGGUCCCGUUAUAAGGAGGUUAAAAGGGACACGGGUGGCGCUGUGGUCUAAACCACAGAGCCUCUUGGGCUUGCCAAUCAGAAGGUUGGCCGUUCGAAUCCCCUUGACAGAGUGAGCUCCCAUUGCUCUGUCUCAGAUUCUGUCAACCUAGCAGUUCAAAAGAACGCCAGUGCAAGUAGAUAAAUCGGAACCACUGUGGCGGGAAGGUAAACGGCGUUUCCGUGUGCUCUAGUUUCCAUCACGGUGUGCCGUUGUGCCAGAAGCAUGCUGGCCACAUGACCCAAAAAGCUGUCUGUGGAUAAACGCCGGCUCCUUCGGCCUGAAAGCAAGAUGAGCACCUCAAACCCAUAGUCGCCUUUGACUGGACUUAGCUGUCCGGGGUCCUUUACGUUUACCUUAUAAAGAGGUUACGGUAAUCUUUGCAACUGGCUGAUUUUUUAAAAGAGAAUUGAAUAAAGUAGUCCUUGCCAACUUGCUCCCCCCCACUCAAAAGGUUAUGUACUCCCAACUCUAUAACCAGUAUGACCAAGGGUAAAGAUGAGUUAAUAUAUUUAUUGCUGGAAUAGCUCAGUCAGUAGAGCAUUAGAAUUUUAAUCUCAGGAACGUGAGUUUGAACCCCCUGUUGGGCAAAAGUCUCCUGCAUUGCAAGGGGUUGAGCUAGAUGACCUUCAGCGUCCCUUCCAACUCGGUGAUUCUAUGGUUCUAUUGCAUUUCUACCCCACCUUUUUCUCCAAGGAGCUCAAAGUGGCAUACAUGGUCCUUCCCCCUCCUCAUUUAAUUCCCACAACGACCCUAUGCGGUAGGUUAGGGUGAACGGAAGUCACCCAGUGAGCUUCAUGGCUGAGUGGAGAUUUGAACCCGGGUCUCCCAAGUCCUAGUCUGCCACUCUUAACCACUGCACUAUACUGGCCUUGUUCAACUGUUCCAGACCUAGACCCACUUCUGACUCCCAAGCUGAAACUGGAGCCCCCUUUCAUGUUUUCACUUUUGAUUCAUACUUAAUAGUGCAAAACGGCAGUUCACUGAGCAACGUACAUACUGUUACUUCAGCAUUACUAAAUGAAAACUAGUCCUGCAGUGUGUCAGUGCCCAAUUUGCCCUAAUGGACCAGCCUUCGCUGAUUUCGGGCUUUCCCACCCUUCGUCCUGGCAGAAUGAGGUGGUAAAGCAGAGCUUUCCAAACUGUGUGUCACAACAUGUUAGUGUGUCGGCUGCAGUGUACGAAGGCUCCCUGUUCUCCUCCCAGAGUUGGAAAGGGGUUAGUUUAACCUCCGGUUUGCUAGUAAAACUGAAUUGCUAUACAGUGGUACCUCAGGUUAAGAACUUAAUUCGUUCUGGAGGUCCGUUCUUAACCUGAAACUGUUCUUAACCUGAAGCACCACAUUAGCUAAUGGGGCCUCCCGCUGCCGCCGCUGCACGAUUUCUGUUCUCAUCCUGAAGCAAAGUUCUUAACCCGAGGCACUAUUUCUGGGAUAGUGGAGUCUGUAACCUGAAGCGUCUGUAAUCCGAGGUACCACUGUACAGUGGUACCUCGGGUUACAAACGCUUCAGGUUACAAAUGCUUCAGGUUACAUACGCUUCAGGUUACAGACUCCGCUAACCCAGAAAUAGUGCUUCAGGUUAAGAACUUUGCUUCAGGAUGAGAACAGACAUUGUGCAGCAGAGGCGCAGCGGCAGCAGGAGGCCCCAUUAGCUAAAGUGGUGCUUCAGGUUAAGAACAGUUUCAGGUUAAGAACGGACCUCCGGAACGAAUUAAGUACUUAACCCGAGGUACCACUGUAUUGCGAAAUGAUGUGUGUCUAAAAAGUGUGUCACCAACACGAAAAGUUUGGAAAGUUCUGUGGCAAAGUCUCAAGGUUAUAGAGUGAACUGUACCGGGAGGCAGUGGAAGACAGAAGUGCCUGGCGUGCUCUGGUCCAUGGGGUCACAAAGAGUCGGACACGACUAAACGACUAAACAACAAUGUACCACUUUGGCUUUCAGGUGGAGAACUGAGUUUAAACAUCCUCCCCUCCCCCAGCAACAAUUCCCUGCAAGCUGAAGAGAGAAAAACACUAGCUCUGCCCUGUGUGGGUUUUCUGCUUAUAGGAGAGUCUGUGAGCAGUGCAGGGAAGCAUAAAAAAAAUGUGACCUGUCAGCUGCAGUUUCAGUGGUGCAGUCCAUUGUAUCAUCCUGCUCUGCUGCACGUGCUGAGCGCGGGCUGGAUCCCACUGCGUUCAGGGGGUGCUUACCCUCAGGUUAGUGGUGCGGAGAACUGCAGCCUCAGGGCCAUAGCUCGACGCGACACCAUUCGUGCAGUUUGCAAUGGUGUCUUUGUCAGUAGACAUAUCGGGAGAGACAGACUUGAACGGAAAGGUUCUUCUUGUUUUUAAGCAACAUCCUGCCUCUUCCUUUUGCCCUCUUCCUUUCCGUUUCAUUCUUCACAAACUUUAUACCAUUUGGCUGUUGUGGGGCUUGGGUGCAUUUCCGCCAAAACUGUCUCGCGUGCCUGGCCACUCGGUUCAUGCUCUGUGUCUGUAUUGAGUGGGGUUUGUAUGGAGAAAAGCAAGCUAAUUUAGUCUCUGUGGGGGCAGGGAAUCUGGAUGCUACUUUGGCUUUGCCUUGUAAGUAUAUGUCUUGUCUUGGAUCCCUGGAAAGCACAGGUUGCCUAAGAUAAUGACAUACCCAUCUUAAGUGCAAUGCAGAAAAAUACAAUGCUCCUUUCCUGGUUGCUUGUCCCGCCUUCCAGCCACGUGUUUGCAGGGAACAAGGGACAACUGCCAUGAAAACAAAGAGUGUCUCUGUAUAAGUGCAUGGAACUAAAACAAGGGUCAGCAAACUUUUUCAGCAGGGGGCCUGUCCACUGUCCCUCAGACCUUGUGGGGGGCCAGACUAUAUUUUGGGGGGGGAAAUGAAUGAAUUCCUAUGACCCACAAAUAACCUAGGGAUGCAUUUUAAAUAAAAACACACAUUCUACUCAUGUAAAAACAUGCUGAUCCCCAGACCGUCCGCAGGCUGGAUUGAGAAGGCAAUUGGGCUGGAUCUGGCCCCCGGGCCUUAGUUUGCCGACCCAUGAGCUAAAACUACAGUGGUACCUCAGGUUAAGUACUUAAUUUGUAACCUGAAACUGUUCUUAACCUGAAGCACCACUUUAGCUAAUGGGGCCUCCUGCUGCCGCCGUGCCGCUGGAACACAAUUUCUGUUCUCAUCCUGAAGCAAAGUUCUUAACCUGAAGCACUAUUUCUGGGUUAGCGGAGUCUGUAACCUGAAGCGUAUGUAACCUGAAGCGUAUGUAACCUGAAGCAUAUGUAACCUGAGGUACCACUGUAUAUGUAUAUUUUAUUUAUUAUUAUUAUGGUUGUCAGCAAUGCAUUCCAGAAGCAAGAGCUCCCUCCAGACAUUCUUUCCGUUGUGCAUUCAUGAUUAUUUGUGCUCAUGAUAGUAUCAGAGUGGCUAGACAUGACCCUGCUUUCAAUAGCAUUUGGUCCUGCAGAGGUUUCAGGGAGGACGUGACGCUUUGCUUCUACUCAGUGCAUGUCCCCAUAACUCCCUGCUGAAUCCCUGUAACUUUUCAUACCACAAGUGCUCCAGUUUAUUUUUUGGUGCCGCUUUUAAUGCGCAAUAGCACCGCAGGAGUGAUCCUCUAGGCAGCAAUAGUGCAUUGAGGUUGAGGAAGGAUUGCAGAACAAGAAACAACAGGGAACACUGUGUGGACCCUCCAGUAUAAAUCCACCCCUAAUUCACUACUAUUGCAUAUCGUCCAACGCGGCACACAGAAAAACCGGGAUGCUAUCUUCCGGGGCAGCACACUUGUGUGACAUUGAGGCCCCGAUAAAAGCACUUUUUCUGGGCACAGUGCCCCAAACACACAGUUUGGGGUGCUGCACAAGAUUGCAGCCCUGGAAAAUCACUUUUGGGGGGGUGAGAUUGCAUCCCGAAAUUGCGCGAGAGCACAGCUCCUAAAUUGGCCGCCGUGCUGUCGCGGGAAAAAACAGUAUGUUUUGGUUUGCCCAGGACAAUUGUAGGUUAUACUGGUGUGUCAGUGACAUGUUGCAGAAUACAUCUACUUUAAAAGCACCAAGUCCUACUGGGUUCAAAUAAAUGUGCAUGGGAUGGUUGCUUUACCAGUAAAUUCUAGAGUGAGCCUAUGUUUCCUCCUCAAAAGUAAGCUCCACAUGGGGGUUCACUUCCUAGUAAGUUUGCAGAGGAUCACAGGAUUUAAGACCUAUUAGGCACAAUCAAAUAUACUUCAAAGUAAACACAUAUAGGACUGCAUGCUAAAUCAGUUAAGUUUAUUUACAUAAACAUAUUAAUGGAAUAAGCAUUUUGUUUCCCCCCACUUUGUUAAUAAAGGAUGUACGUAUUUGUCACAGUGGGAGCUAUCUUAGAAGAUGCAUGCCAUCUUAUGUGAAAUAGGGUGUUUUCAGGGGCGGGGCGGGGGGGUGCCUUUUCAGUGAUGGAGCCUGCCACCUACAGAUUUUUAAAGUUCUUUUAUUAGAAACAAUUAUAUAAAAAAUGUGCUGCCCUUUUAAUCAAGAAUGCUUUUAUCAGAGUUAAUUGAAAGGGUUUUCAUGGAGUUUUCAUCUAGCCAAUUAAUUAGCUAAACAUUCCACCCUGCACUGAAGACUGGAGUUAUUGCAGAAAUUCUGAACCCAGUUUUGCAGUGUUAUUUUAUAGCAUUACAACAAUCACUAGGGACUCUACAGACUCUCCUCUCUCUCUCUCUCUCUCUCUCUCUCUCUCUCUCUCUCACACACACACACACACACACACCACCAACACACAAAUCAUUAGUUCCAUGAUUGUGCCCCGGAAGUGUGGAAUUUGUUGUUGUGCAUAGCAAAUUCAACAUCUUGAGAAUCUCUGCUUCAAGUUUUGUUGCUAUUUUGUUAAACAGAAGUAAGUCUCCAGACCUUAAGACUUCAGAGAAACACUUUGGAGUGUGUGGCUGAGCACGUAUCUCACAAACUGGUAGCGGGAGGGCAGGUUGAGAAAGCAGAUGCAGAAUACAUUUUUAUGCUAAGCAAAUAUCCUGGAAACUCUUCUUAAAUUGAAUAACUAAGACCGGAUUUCAGAAUUCAUCUUCUCUGUUUGCAAAAUGUGGAAUCGCUCGCUCAGACAGACAGUUUUCAUGAGGCUCUGUGGAUUGUCCUUUUGUCAGCAAGCACAGAAUCAGGCCAAAGAGAAGGAAGGAUUGAAAUCCAGUCAUUACCGGGUUCCAAAGGGACAGAUGAAAAAAGCCGGGCUGGCAGUACGGCUCACCAUCAGGACACUGAAUAAAUCUAACAUGUGCCCUGGCAGAUGCCACCGUUUUGCCGGGGCUGUAAUCCGUGCAAAUCGGGGCUGGUGGUCCCUGCAGAGUACACGUGAUUAGCCUAACUCGAUGCCAACCGCACAGCCUGCCUGCAAGUCGGAGCAUGAGAUAUUAUUAGAAAUAAUUUCCUAUGGCACGUUGAGCGCAGAGGGCUCGCAAAGUGAAACAAGGAUGGUUUUGUUAAUGAGAGGUCAGAUGCCUGAGCUGGGCUGGCGGCAGCACUCAGCACCCUUGGGUGGCUGCUAGGAGCCAAGUGCCCCGGCAGCUGCCCACCAACACUGGCACCGGUUUGAACCUGCCUGCCUGCCCCUUGGCUGUGAGCUCUUCUGGUAUCAGCUAGCUGGGUCAGCCACUUGUAAGGCCCAAGUUGUGUGUAAUGCAAAGCCGAACCAUAGUUUAGUGUGAGCUAGCAGGUUCCUGGAGAGGAGAUUGCAGCCAAUUUGUUUCUCCCUCCACUGCACUGAUCUAAGCCAUGGUUUGGCUUUGAAUGUCAACUGAUCCUGGGCUCAUGGUUCAGCUUUUUCCACGCUAAACAUCAUCCACCAGUUACCCUACUUCAGCCGUCUUGUAAAGAUGUACAGUGGUACCUCUAGUUGCGUUCCGCUCUUGUUACGGACUUUCAGCUUAUGAAUGCGGCAAACCCAGAAGUGUUUACUUCCAGGUUCGCCACACGUGCAUGCGCAAAAGCGAUCUGUGUACUUCAUGCAUGCGCAGAAGUGAUCUGCGCGCUUUGCACAUGCGCAAAAGCGCUCGAUCGUGCCAUGCACAUGCACAAAAGAGGCACUCUAGUUGCGGACUUUUCGGGGUGCAAACGGCACCCCAAAAUGGAUUAAGUCCGCGACUAGAGGUACCACUGUAUCUUUUUGCCCAGGCUUUCCCUGGACCCACAAGAUUUGACCCUGUUGUUAUUGAAUUCCUGUUAUAAUGCUGCUUUUCUUUUUCCUUUUUGGUAUCUCAGUGUUACUAUACAAUUGUCUUGUUUUAUGUUGUAUUUAAACAGAUUUUUAAAAUAUUAAGCGGUGUGGAAAUGAUUCUAAAUAAUAAUAAUAAUAAUAAUAAUAAUAAUAAUAAUAACUGAGAGCCCUCUUGGGGAAAUGCCUUGUUUCAAAAUGUGGCAUUGAAAUUCUUGAGUAAAAUAAAUUCAGAAGUCUUUUUGAGUUUGCUUUUAGCACCCUCUGCAUCCCAGAGGGUUUUGCAGUUUCUAAUUCCUUUUUUUUGUUUUGUUUACUUUUUCAAGUGUAUUUCACAAUGUUGUGUAUUGUCAUCCUUUUUAUGUAUGUAAUCAACAAGCAACAGAGCAAAGCCCCCCCCCCCCAUAAUUAUUCAAUUUUUACAAUUUUAGAUCUGGACAUUUUAAUAAGCAUAUUAAUAUUACACCCCCACGCCCACCCUAUCUAUGCCCCAGACUUAAGGUGAUGGCUAUCCCUGAGGCGGGUUCCUCAUGCAGGGAGAGAGGCUGACCUGAGACUGGUCUUUAGGACCUCUUGGUGCUCCCUACAGUCUUACGAUUUUCUUACAUUCUCCUAAAAACAGCCCAACACAAGGGACUUGACCUGGGCUGCCUUCUUAUGAUGUGCCUCCCUCUGACUUUGUCUCUUUGCAGUUCUAUGUGCUGGGAGCUGUGCUGGCCCCAAUCCGUGUCGCUCUGGCCUUCGUGGUCCUGUUCCUCAUCUGGCCCUUUGCGCUGCUCCAGGUGGUGGGAUUGCCGGAGGAGACCCUCCAGGAGCCCUUCUCCGGUUGGAGAAAGUAAGUAGUGGGCCCCGCUCCAUGGGUUGCCUGGCCCUUUGGACCCUGCUGUGCUUGGCUCUCCUAAUGCCCCUUCCUUUUGUUUCCUGCCUCCCCAUUUCUCCCCCCUUUUCAGCACAGUUUCUCACGGUUCUGUCUACUUCCUGAGCCGCCUGAUGUUCUUCUUGCUGGGUUUCAUGAGGAUACGGGUCCGGGGUCAAAGGGCUUCGCGGCUGGAAGCUCCCAUCCUGGUGGCCGCACCUCACUCAACCUUCUUUGACCCCAUCAUCCUGCUGCCCUGCGACCUCCCUAAGGUGGUCUCUCGCACCGAGAAUCUCCACGUGCCCGUCAUUGGAGGUGAGUGACUCCAGCACAACAGACCAGGGCCGUGGGGAGUGAAGGGAAUGGGGCAGCCUUGCAAGGCGGGAAGAGGUUGCUCUGCAGCCCUCUCGGAGCGAUGACUCUGAAAUGAGGACCCCAUCUGAACUCAACAUUUGAAGCUCUUAUCAUGCCACUUUCGGUAGCCAAGACUUUCCCACAAAGAAUUCUGGGAACUGUAGUUUGUUAAGGAUGCUGAGAGCCAUAGGAGCAAACUCCUAAGGACCGAGGUUCCUUUGCCCACCCCCCAAUAAAAUAUUUGAGGAGGCCGCCCACCUCAAAGUUUCCAUUCAAAUGGCAUGUGUGUGCCAUGUCAUGUGAUCGGUUAUGUGGGGUGAGGCUUACCUGUCCCCACCCCAUAUUUUAUUCAAGUUGGCACCCCUGCACAGAGUUGUUAGGAGACCCUGAUUCUCCUCACAGAGCUGUGAUUUCUAGAGUGUUCUAGCAAAAGCGGUUGGCUGUAGCACCACUUUGUGAGGGGAAUAGGGGGGUCUAUUAGCACUUGGUAAACUACAUUUCCCAGGAUUCCUUGGGGAAAAUAAUGGCUGUUUAAAGUGGCACGAUAUCGUUCCAAAUGUGUAGUGCAGAUGGGGCCCAGGUCUUCCCAUACCUAAGUCAACAUUGUAAAUGCUACACCCAUAUCGGCUCUCUCAUCUCCUAGCAUUUUAUUACCGAGGAUGGGCUGAAGCCUCGUUUUUUCAUGAAAUGAUGUGUAUGGGUUAGCAGGAAUAAAUCCUAUGUGCUGUCCUGCCCCGUGUCAUUCCUACUGAAGCAAAUUUCUCCUCAGUCCAGCUAAUUUGCAGUCUCAUUCCUGGGAUUGGGGGUGGGGGAGCGCUUCAAAUUACAAAGCAUAUUCAGGUGAGGUGAGGAAGGUUGGUUUGAUCUUCCCAUUUCCUGUUCAGGGAAGUGUCCAGAGAAAGGCCUUUAAAUGUAAACACAGCAGAUACAUGAAUGAAUGCAUGUGGCUCCCCUGUAACCAUUUGUUUGGCCCUCACUUUAAGAUACUUUUGUAUACUCACUCAUCUGAUUCUCCCCAAAUCUCAACUUUUUCAGGGUUUGGGGAGGGGGGUUGGCAAGGGGGUGGUUUUUACUGUUAGAUAACUCCAUGUUCGUGUCGAAGCUUUGAUGGCAAAGACUUUAAUUUCAGCAGACUGGGUGGCUUAGGAGGGAAAGGUGCUUGGGAAAUCAAGAAUGUCUCGUAACGUUUGUGUCAGUAAAGCACCAUAUAAUAAUAAACAAGAGGCUGAGAAACAACGGUGGCCGGUGGACAUCCCCUUCCUGCCUCGCUGGUGGGCUUUCGAUGGGACCACCUCCAUGAGACUCUCUCAGGUGUUGAGACCACACUGUGUGCCACCAACUUGGAAGGCUCGAAAAAGAGAAUUGGACCAAUUCAUGGAGAAAUUGGAGACCAAUUCAAUGGCUGCUACCCAUGAUGGCUGUGCUCUGCCUCCACAGUCAGAGGCAGCAGUGCUUAUGAAUACCAUUGGCCAGCUCUCUUGGCAGUUCUGCCACUGCCAGAAGCAUGGAAAGUGGCGACCUGGAGAGUCCACCAACUUCCGAGGCAGACCGUUCCACUGUUAAACAGCUCCGGCUGUCAGAAAAGUUCUUCCUGAUGUUUAAUCGGAAUCUCCUGCCUUCUAACUUGAAGAUUACUUCGACAGUAAAGUAUUUACAGUGGUACCUCGGUUGUCAAACUUAAUACGUUCUGGGAGUCCGUUCGACUCCCGGAACCAUUCAGAAAUCAAGACGCGGCUUCCGAUUGGCUGCAGGAGCUUCCUGCACUCAAUCGGAAGCCGCAUUGGACACAUUCGAGAACCAAGGUACCACUGUACUGGGAUGUGCUUCUUUUGUUGAAUCUAUACUGUUCAGGUUGGAACAAGUUUGUUUUAUUGUGUGUGUAAUUUUAAUACAUUGUUUUGCUUUUAAAGAAUAAAUAUAUGACUGUGUCACCAUGACCUCCCCUGGGACCUAGUGGCUAAGGGUGGACCAGAGAUCUUAAAUAAGUUCAUUAAAAUAAAACAAGACUUCUGGGGAAGCUGGGCAGCUCUGCUAAACGGGCCUUUGGUCUGAUCCAGCUGGGCUCUUCAUAUGAAGCACUCAUUCAGAUCGCCACAGCGAUUUCAGAUUUAGGGAAAGCUUCCUUAGGCCCAUUACCAGGAUUGAGGUGUCUGGCGAUGACCCAGGGAUGCCCCUAAGUCCACCCUGCUCUUCUGAAUCCCGUUUCUCUUUCUCUUCCACCCCCACCAGCCCUGCUGAGGUUUAACCAGGCCAUCCUGGUCUCGCGUCACGAUCCGGCUUCUCGCAAGAAGGUAGUGGAGGAAGUGAAGAAACGGGCAACUUCCCAGGGGAAAUGGCCGCAAGUAAGGUUUUUACAGGAGCUGCAGUUUGCAUUCCUGAGUUACCGGUUUGGGUCCCUGAGUAAGAUAAUCCACUUUAUUUCCCCUUCUCUUGUUUGCAGGUACUUUUUUUCCCAGAGGGAACCUGCUCAAACAAGAAAGCCUUACUGAAGUUUAAACCAGGUAAGAGGCUGUGGGGAGUUGAGCGGAUGAGCCUGUGAACAGAAGUGGGUGCAGGGCAUUUUAGAUGAGGUAGGAACUCUACUCCUCUCCAUAGCUGUCAACUUUUCCCUUUUCUUGCGAGGAAUCCUAUUCAGAAUAAGGGAAUUUCCCUUUUAAAAAGGGAAACGUUGACAGCUAUGCUCCUCUCAUUCACACUGGGCAGACAAUUCAGCAAAAAUGGGGGCACAGCCUGGGUUUACCUUCAGCCACCCAUAGGAUGACUUGCUGUUAUUUUCAUUGAUUAUACAGUGGUACCUCGGGUUAAGUACUUAAUUCGUUCCGGAGGUUCGUUCUUAACCUGAAACUGUUCUUAACCUGAAGCACCACUUUAGCUAAUGGGGCCUCCUGCUGCUGCCGCGCCGCUGGAACACAAUUUCUGUUCUCAUCCUGAAGCAAAGUUCUUAACCCAAGGUACUAUUUCUGGGUUAGCGGAGUCUGUAACCUGAAGCGUAUGUAACCCGAGGUACCACUGUAGUUUGUUGUUGUUUAGUUGUUUAGUCGUGUCCGACUCUUCGUGACCCCAUGGACCAGAGCACUCCUGUCUUCCACUGCCUCCCGCAGUUUGGUCAAGCUCAUGGUUUUUGUCCAUGGAGUUUUCUUGGCAGUUUAGCAAUUCUUUAUUGUACAGUCGUACCUAGGAAGUUUGACUUCCAAAACAUUUGGAAACCAAAGCACAGCUUCUGAAAAGGCUGCAGGAAGAUCCUGCAGCCAAUCAGAAGCUGUGGAAUCUGCGCCAGAUGUUCAGCUUCUGAAAAUCGUUUGAAAACUGGAACACUCACUUCCGGGUUUCAAUUGUUUGGGAGCCAAUCUGUUCGGGAGCCAAGGCAUUUGAAAUCCAAGGUACGACUGUAAUCUUAAAUGUAAACUGUGUAAGUGUAAAUAAUAAUUUAAUUUGCAGACAUUUACGUGUUAAGUGUAAAUAAUAAUUUAAUUUGUAGACAUUUAAGUUUUCUCUUUACUAUUAUAUUCCAAUGGAUUAUUUAAUAUUGCUUUAUUUUAAGUUGUUUAUUUUUAAGUUACGUUUUUAUUAUAGAUAUUUUUCCAGUAUUGGGUCAGAUUGCUAUUAGGUGUGUGGCCUUUGCUAUCUAUUUUGCUGUUUCUUCAGCUCGCAAAACCGCCUUGUGUAUAGCAAUACAGAAAGGCGGUACACAGAUUAAAAGUGACAUGAAAAGAAUGAAACGAAGGACAUAAGAGCAAGUCUUGAGGGUGUGUGUUCUUCAUCCUCAGGUGCCUUCAUAUCUGGUGUCCCCAUCCAGCCAGUCCUCAUUCGAUACCCAAACUCUCUGGUGAGUCUACAAGAACAUUAGGAAAGGGCGGGUAGAACAUCUGAUUGGCUUGAGGAAUAAUGAUAGUAUGUAUGUAUGUAUGUAUGUAUGUAUGUAUGUAUGUAUACAUACCCUGCCCAUCUGGCUGGGUUUCCCCAGCCACUCUGGGUGGCUCCCAACAGAAUAUUAACAAGAUGAUCAAACAUCAAACAGCUUCCAUUACUGACAUCUUCAGGUAGGGCUAGGAAAUAUUCCCCGUCUGAAACCUUGGAGAACCACUAUCAGUUGGUGCUAAGCUAUAUAGACCCCAUGUUUUGGCUUUGCAUCGUUCCAUUUCUGAUGUUCCUAAAGGUACUGAUGGUGAGGCAGCUGAAGAGGCUGUAUUUCAGUUCCUCCGCACAUGCGUACAGCUGUGCACCUGAAUUCGAGGCCAUGACAAACCUCCCUAAAUAUUAUUUUAAAAGUGCUUCUUUUCUUUAUAGGAUUCGACGACAUGGGCAUGGAGAGGACCUGGAGUGUGAGUAAUUGACAUGGGGGCGUCAAAUCUGGAAUAAUAAUAUAAUAAUAAUUUAUUAUUUACCGUAUUUUUUGCUCUAUAAGACUCACUUUUUCCCUCCUAAAAAGUAAGGGGAAAUGUGUGUGCGUCUUAUGGAGUGAAUGCAGGCUGCGCAGCUAUCCCAGAAGCCAGAACAGCAAGAGGGAUUGCUGCUUUCACUGCGCAGCGAUCCCUCUUGCUGUUCUGGCUUCUGAGAUUCAGAAUAUUUUUUUUCUUGUUUUCCUCCUCCAAAAACUAGAUGCGUCUUGUGGUCUUGUGCAUCUUAUAGAGCGAAAAAUAUGGUAUACCCACCCAUCUGGCUGGGCUUCCCCAGCCACUCUGGGCGGCUUCCAGAAAAAUAUUAAAAUACUGGAGCAUUGUGUGCACUGAUGUGUGGGGUGGAGUAUGCUUGUUCUGCAGGCCGGUGGGGGCUUGGUUUGUAGCCAAGCGUCACCUUCCACUUUUGUCCUUUCAGGUUAAAAGUCAUCUGGUUAACAGCAUCUCAGCCCUGCACAACAGUGGAAGUAGAGGUAAGGAAAUGUCUCUUUUUCCUUCUCUUUUUUUUUGCAACACAGUGCCCCCUACUGUGCCAUGCUUCCUAAGUCCCAGAUUGCCCGAACUCUUUAGGAUUCAGAGUCAGAAUCCAUAAAUUCAGAUUCAGUUAGCUACGCUCUCCACUUUUUGAAGGGAGUAGUUUUUCAACACUCCUCAUCCCCACCACUAACAUGGUAUAACUCUUUUAUCAUACGCAAUUAUGGGAAUUUCUGGGAAAUUUGAAGCCGUAGAGAGGGAGAAAUGUUUUGCUGCUGUUUUUUUCCUAGAGAAAACAGGGGGGAACUUUUGAGGGGAACUGAAAUAGAUGCAAUACUCAUUUGCCAAAGGUGAACUCAUUUUACUACUUUAACUGCAUAGAAUGCACUAUUUAGCAGCGGAGAUGGCAUGCAAUGUACAGAGCAAUCGUAAGGAUGUUUACUCAGAGACAAGGCCCACUUUUUAGUGGAGCUCACUCCUAAGUAAAGGCUCCCUGAAAUUUCUCUCCUAGUGGAAAAAUGGGGGUGGGAAGUCCUAGCAGAGUGGGGAAAGAAAGUAGGGGGAAAGCUGUGAUUUUUUUCCUUCCUAGGAGGUUUCGUGGACCAUCACAACUCUUAAUCGCAUAUCAGACCCACAGCAAGCCAUCUCUCCCUGAUCGCACUCAUAAUUCUUCCUGUCAUUUUCAGUUCCUCCCAGUUUAUCAGCCCAGCGCUGAGGAGGCUGUAAACCCCACACUGUACGCUAACAAUGUGCAGAAAGUGAUGGCCAAGUAAGUAUGGAGAGGGAGCGGGUCUUAGUAGUUUGGGGGAGUGAGGGACUUUGGUAGGCUGGGCAUGGGGCGGAAUUCUGUUUAAAGUCCUUGCUUCCCCCUCAAAGAAUUCUGGGAGGUGAAGGUGACCCUUCAACAAUUCACAGCACCCUUAACAGUUCCCAGAAAUCUUUGGAAUUACAGUUGCCAGGAAUCUUUGAGGGGAAGCGAUGUGCUUUCUGUGUAUGGCACAGAUUCGACCAAAGAGGCCCAGAAAUGGGGAGGAGAGGCAGUGGCUGUGUGGAAGAGAUGAGGCGAAAAAGCUGGACCCAGGCCCCAAAUCAAGGGUAUUCCCCCACUACAGCCCCACAGGUUGCACAAACACGAUCAAAAGUCCUCCAUUCCACUUUUUCACGCUGUGGAAACAUCUGCUGCUUGUGUCAGAAGCAGCCGCAGGGACUGUGAGCAUUUAAACCUGAGGGAAAUGGGGAAUGUGGUAGCUGUAGUCAGAACAAGAAGAAGUAGCAGGUAAAAUAAAGAGAAAGAGAGAGGCUUUUCUGCUAGCAGGAAAAACCCCAUCACCCCUAGGCAGCUGGUUCAAGUCCCUGGUGGUUAAUGUCUGGGGGAGACGAUCAGGAUGUUUGUGGGCAGGAAGUGUGACUGCAGCAUUGGCCCUUGACGCAAGCUGAUGGGAAACCCCUCCUCUUAUCAGGCGAGGCCUCAAUUUGCUACUUAGACCUUUCCCCCCCUCUCUUCUCCUUUGCCUCUUGCCCCUUCUCCCUUUUUUUUGGCUAGAGCCCUGGGAAUCCCAGCUACAGAUUGCGAGUUUGUGGGCAACCUUCCAGUCACCGUCGUGGGGCGCUUGAGAGUGGCCCUGGAACCACGCAUCUGGGAGCUGGGCAAAGCGCUUCGGAAGGCCAGGUGAGAGGCCACAUUUGUGUGCAGGAAGGUUGCAGGUUCAACUCCAAGCAUCCCCAGUUAGAAGGAUCAGGAAGUAGGGGCUGAGAGAGAUCUUGGCUUGAGAUCCUGGGAAGCCACUGUGAGCCAAAGAACACUGGUCUAGAUGAGUCUGUUCUCUCUAAAAAAAAAGGAACGGGGGGGGGGGCUGGGAACACACAGGAAGCAAAGGAAGAUGCCUCAUAUCAGACUCUUGGUCCAUCUACCUCAGUGUUGUUUACACUGACUGGCAGAGCUCCCCAGUCUCUCCCAGCCCUGUCUGCAGAUGCUGGGAAUUGAACCCAGAACCUUCUAUGUGCAAAGCAGAUGUUCUGUCGCAGAGCAAGGGGCGUACAUCACUGGCAGGAGAAAGCCACUAGUUCAAGAGUGCAUGAGAGGGUCCCACAUCAGGGCCAGCCACAGCAUGAUGGUCGAAGCAGUGGUGGUGCGCAGGAUGCCACGUUGCCAUUUUCUGAUGGCAGCUACGUUUCCCUUCAGUCUCCUCUCGCGACGGGCAGACAUGCCCCCUCAUCAUCCAUGGCAGAGUGAAGCAUGUGGGGAAAUCCAAAAGAAGGGUACAGUGGUACCUCUGGUUGCAAACGGGAUCCGUUCCAGAGGCCCGUUUGCAACCUGAAAGGAAUGCAACCCGCGCCUGCGCCUGCGUGGGUUGUGAUUUGCCGCUUCUGCGCAUGCGCAUGAUGUCAUUUUGCGCAUCUGCGCAUUCACAAGCAGCAAAACCCGGAAGUAACCCUAUGGCAACCUGAAAACACUCAACCUGAAGCAAAUGUAACAUGAGGUGUGACUGUACUUGUUACGGUAAAUGUGAAAACCUUGCUUUCCUUAUUGGUUCCCCCCCUUCCUGCAGGUGCCCAACAGGGGGAGUCAAGGGUCAUUUGGAUUCCUUGCCUGCAGGUGCAUCAGGACAGCUAGGGCCAAAGGAGCUGGCUCAUUGGCUGGGGCUGGCCUGCCCUGAGGAUGUUGAAGGGCUCUGCACCUAUUUCCAACAGGUAAGUGGGAGCAGGAGGGAAAGCACAGAAGCGGCUUGUGCAAUCGUAAGCCAGUAUUUUAAACGCAAAAUGUCCUUGAGGGUUUUGGCAGGAUGGCGGUAUGCAAAUGUAGCAAGUACAGUGGUACCUCUGGUUAAGAACUUAAUUCGGGAGACUUCCGGGGUGGCGCCUCCGGAAAAUGGCGGAAUUCCCUUCAAGUUGAAGGGAACCCGCUGCACGGAAGCUUGGGUCCUACCGCUACGGCGCAGCGGGGACCCUUAAAACCCACAGGCGGAUGAAGCCUGUGGACGUGGGACUCAGCGGGCACCGUGAGCGCUCUCUCCCUUGUACAGGAGCCCGGUAACGGGCUCCGGAGUGGGAGGUGCGUGGUGCUGUGAGUCGACUGCUUCUUUCGUGCAGCAAAGCCGCACUGCCGUUUCCGGAGAGCGCUGCCUUUUUCCUGGGACAAUUUGACAUCUAAAACAUCUAUCCGUGAGUACCUGAUCUUGGAAGAGCUGAAUUACUUUUAAGACUGGUGAAUAAAUAAAUAAAUUGGACUUGAAAUUGAAUUUAAUUGGGACUUGGAACGGGAAGGUCUAAACAGGAAGUCAGCCUUCCGUUCUUUUGUUACGUGAAGAAAGCAAAGACAAAAUAUACUAAAGCUUGAAAAUUAAAUUCUGAGAGAACUAGAAUUCAACAUCUAAGAUUUCUGAACCCCCCCUUUGACUGCAGGAGAAGAAGGGGGUUGUUUUGGACUUUUUAACCCUGCGGAAGUGAGUUUAAAACAAAGUAAUUUUCCACCGCCCUGAACCAGGAGCGGGCUGUCAGAACUGACGUUUUGAAGCUUGUCCAGCUCGACAGAUAGUUAAAAGAAAGGUAACAUUGUGACUCUACUGUUGCCUCUUGAAUUUUGAAGGGGAACUUUGGAUAAAGUGUAUCUGGAAAAGAAAGACUGUUGCUGAUGUGUUUCUCCUUUAUACAAAAAAAAAAAGGAAAAAAGGUUUUCCCUCUAGUGGGAUUUAGUGAAACUGCAACGCAGAGAGCUUAAAAGUGAAGGACUAUAAUCGUGGGAAAGAAUUUUCUUUGACCUUGAAGGACAAUGCUUGUACAAAGGCUUGAACAAAUGUUCCUGGAAGGUUUUUCAAAACUAAGUGCCCAGCUGGACCAGAUGCGUCAGGAGACGACCUUGAUGACGGAAGUUACCAGAGCACAGCAGCAAGUAAAUGGAACUCAGUUAAAAUAUCUACAAGUAUAUGAACCUGCUGUAGUGAUGGAGGCUUCAGAGAUGGAGGGACCUUUGGACCGGCAGGAUCAGCCUUUGAACUUGAUAAAUGAACUUGGGAUAAAUCAGAUUCGGAAAGAUGAAAUGUGGUUAGAUUUGGAAAUGGGGGAGGGAUUGACCCCCCUUUAUAUGGUUAUCUGGACUUUCCGAGUCUGGUGAUGGGCCAUCAGAGGAUUGGAGUAGUCGGAGCCUCCAAGUUUCAAGGAAACUUGAAGUGGUAUUAUCUGCUGUCUGGCUUGGACAAUGGGCAUGGGAUGGACUUGCUGCAAAGGGUCAAAAGUAUCUUUCUGCUGGAGUACCCACGACUGAAAGGGAAACAUCAAGAAGAGCUGCGAAAGGGGCAAGAAAGAGAUUUGAGGGCCUCGGACACGAGACAACCAGGUUAAGGAGCCGGACUAUUGAGGUUAAAAGGACUGACAAUCCCGGGUCCAGGGGAGGGGCGCUGGACGCUGACUGGAUUGUGUCUGACUUAUUAUUUUAUUUUAUUUUUCUAUUUUUCAAUAUUGGGAACGUUCAUAAAUGUUUGAAAGAUGUUGAAUGAAACUAUAUGGCUUAAGUAAUGAUUGGUAAAUGAUUUGUAAAAAGGUAAUGAUGUAAGAAUUUGGUAAAUACUGAAUAUAAGCUUUGAGUUUUAAAGUUUUUAUAUGACAAGAGGGAAAAUAGAAUAAGGAAAUGUAAUGAUAGAAUGUUAUGAAAAAACAGAAAGGAUUUGCUGUAAAAAUUAAAAAUUAAGAAACAAGAGAGGGGAGGAGGAGGAAGUCUAGAAAGGAAGUUAAUAGAGAUCGUAAAUGAUUUUAUACCUUUGGUUUUCUUUUUUUCUUUUUUUCUUUAUGGUUGGGUUUUUUCUUUUUUAUUUCUUUAUCAUUUUUGUUUUUUGUAUUUUCAAAUUUUUUUGGAAAUUUUUGUUGUUAUUCUUUGAAAACUUAAUAAAUAUUAAUUAAAAAAAAAAAGAACUUAAUUCGUUCUGGAGUUCCGUUCUUAACCUGAGGUACCACUUUAGCUAAUGGGGCCUCCCGCCGCCGCCUCACGAUUUCUGCUCUUAUCCUGAAGCAAAGUUCUUAACCCGAGGUACUAUUUCUGGGUUAGCAGAGUCUGUAUCCUGAAGCGUCUGUAACCUGAAGCGUCUGUAACCCGAGGUACCACUGUAAACGUGUUGGGGUUAUUGUUUUUUGUUUGUUACUAUGGUAUUUUUUCCGUUUUGUUUUAAUAUUGUAAACCAGCCUGUGAUCUUUGGAUGAAGGGCAGCAUCGAAAUUUAAUAAAUAAUGAUGCAUUUUAUUCAUUGCAUUCCCCCCCACACACACACUAUUUCUCCAUGGAGAUCAAAGUGGUUCUCCCCCUCCUUAUCUAAUCCCCACAACAGCCCUGUGAGGUAGCUUAGGCUGAGAGGCCAUGACUGGCCCAGCGUCAGCUUCAUGGCCAAGUGGGGAUUUGAACCCUGGCCUCCCAGGUCCUAGUCCUAGUCCGACGCUGUAAUCACCGCACCACACUGCCUUUCCAAAAUAGAAAGGACAUGGAAAGAUGUGGUAUUCAAUGAAUAUCCUGAAACAAGGGGAGAUGCUUUGUGAAAAUGGCUGCAAAAAUUCCAAAUCACUGUUAAUGUGCUCCCUGAUUGGCUAAGAUUGGCCAUUGUGAUCUGCAUGGGGAAAGCCGCCAUUGUCUUAGCUAUGUAGGCCUAACUUGCCCUCCGUUUUGCCUGCACAUAGCCAAAAUCUGAUGGGAAACAGAAUGGGGGAAAUAACAGUGAAACAGGGGUGAGCUAUGGCUGUGAACAGCUUCCCAAAAAAGGUGAUUUUAAGGUAAUCCAGCCCCCUGCCCAAUGUGUCGCUACUUUUUGAGGUUAAAAUUGAGCCAGGAGAACAUCUGGUUCGGUGUGCAACACAAUCAGUUCUCUCCUUCUUGCAUCUCUUCCCAGGACGCCGAUGGCAACAUGGACUCCCGGGAAGUGGCCCUGGCCCUGGAGGCAUUGGAAGGAGAGCACAACCCACAGGAACUGACGUUUCGUGCUUUUAAGGUAACCGCUGUGGUUGAGUUCAAUGGAGAGAAAGUCAAGCUAGUGAUUUGAUGGAGACAGAGAAACCCAAUUCUCUGCUAAACAUCUAAACAAUGAGUUGGACAGCGCUGGCUAGAGGGUAUGGGGUGAUGCCUAGCCCUUCUGGCUUGCUGCUUCCCCCCUGCAUUCCACUCCCCCAGCCAUUUUUCUCCUAGUGGUGGGGGGAAAUGCAUCUCAGCAUCUUGGUUGGGGAGAAGCAUCCAGGGAGGGGAGUUCUUGUUGGGAUACUGCCAGGGAGACAAAGUCCAUCAUGGCCCCCAAGCCGGCUGCCGGACGAUCCAUCGACCUCCCAUAGUCACGCAGUAUCAGCAAUUAGUGACAUGAACUUCUGAGAAAUAGCUUGCCACAUUCCAGAGCUCAUGCACACUCUAUCAGCAGACAAUGCACAGCCAAAGUCGCACUCAGGAGAGCAUUAUUUACAAGUUUAUUCAGCGUUGAUCAGAACACAGAAAAACAUGACUGCCUGCUUUAGUGUCUACGACACAGAGAGAGAAAACGAAAGACACAACAGAAACAUCCUGUGGAAACAGGAAAUAUGCAGACUCUGACUCACAAAGCCUGCUCCCUUUUAAGGUGGAACGGAAAUAUCCUAACAUCUCUAGGGUGGUCCCUACAGGACUUCUGUCCACGUGAAGCACAAGUGGGAUUGUGAGUUUAGAAAGGGGUUAAUCCAAGCAAUGGAAGACAUGGCUGCGUGCUGCUGUGGUCUUGCGGAUCAGAAGGUCGGCGGUUCAAAUCCCCACGACAGGGUGAGUUCCUGUUCGGUCCCAGCUUCUGCCAACCUAGCAGUUCAAAAGCACGUCAAGUGCAAGUAGAUAAAUAGGUACCACUCCAGCGGGAAGGUAAAUGGCAUUUCCAUGUGCUGCUCUGGUUUCACCAGAAGCAGCUUAGUCAUGCUGGUCACAUGACCCGGAAGCUGUCUGCGGACAAACUCCGGCUCCCUCGGCCUAUAGAGCGAGAUGAGCGCCGCAACCCCAGUCAUCCACAACUGGACCUAAUGGUUAGGGGUACCUUUACCUUUAAUCCGAGCGAUGGAAGACAUGGCUGCGUGUCUCUGUGUCGGUCUGGGUGGGCUAUAGAACGAAAGGGGUGGGGAUUGGGGCAAAGUGGACCAAACCAAAGGUUUAAAGGGGAGGAGUCUCUGCUGUGGCGGGAAAGAGGGCAUUAUAUGCAAUGUUGCAUUCAGAGUUCAUAUCUCUGUUCCUGACACACACACCCCUUUCUACAACGCCAGCUCUUCACGGAGACAGACGGUGAGGCAGAGAACAGUCGGCUUUGCCAAGAUGGAUUCUGCGCCAUUUUGCGCCUCCUGCUGGGCACACCAGGUGCAGAUGGGGCCGAACUCUAUAGUCGACUUUGUGGGGACCACAGCCAAGAUGGACUGACCCUCGGUGAGAUCCCUCAUAAAAGCGGGGCAUGGAAGGGAAAGGGGAGGUGUGACGGGUCUCGUAUGUCGAGUACAUGAAGGGCUCAUUAACAUCAAGUUUUGAGGAAGAAGGGCAUUGGGUUUGGGGACAGCUAUGGUAAGGGGCAAAAAGUCAGGAGGUGGAUACAAGUUGCAGGAAGAAGUGUCAACCCCGGGGUGUCCAACAUGGCAUCUGUCGCUGGUGCCCACAGAGUCAUCUCCUCCCUCCCUGCUGAAAUUUGUUGUGAAAGAUGCAUUCUGCUGUAGCUGGCAGAAUAGCUGCAAUGUUUGUCAGAUUGCCCGGGCAGGCGAGCCCACAAGAGUUUCUCAGGUUUGCAAAUGGACCCAUGGGUCCCAAAAGGGUGUCAGCGCCUGGUCCAUACUGACGCAACUUCUGCUGCCAGGGGAUUCUCCUAGGGCUACCCAUACACCACUUUUACACUGAUAUUCCUUAUUUGUGCUUUUUAUCUCGUGGUUUUUUUAUGUUGUGAACUGCCCCGGGAUCUUUAGAUGAAGGGUGGUACAUAAAGCUAAUCAAUGAAGUAAAAUAUUCACCCUGCUUUCCUUUUUCUCUCUUACCCAGAUGAGUUCCAAGACUUCUCUCUCCGCCACCCUGACUAUGCCCGCCUCUUCAGCACGUACCUGCGCCCCCCCGUGGCGUGCACUCUGUCCAAGCCUAGCCUCCCGCCCACCUAUGCUAAUGGCGUUCCUGCCUCCCCUCCCAAGAGCAAGGCAGACUGAACCCCCUGAAAACUCUUUAGCCAUGUGUAUACAACGAAACACACACACAAACACACACAGCCAUGCCACAUCCUUGGCCACGCAGACCCCGCCCCUCCUGCUCGCUUGCUCGCUCUCUGCCGCCAUGGUGGUUAGGCAAAGGGGGGCGGAGACACCCCCAUCUCAGGGCAACCGUAACCGGGGAAUCACAGCCGCAAGUUCUUUGGGGAUUGGGGCUUCUCUCCGUUUAUUUUAAAAGUUUUAUUUUUGUUAUGUUUUAAUUAUAUCAUUUUAUCUUACGUUGUUGAUAUUCUGUUUUGUUCAUUUGUCAAUGGGAAGGGAAGGACGGAAGGGUGAGAUACUGUUGCUUUUCGUUUUAUUUUCUGUUUUGUAAAAUAUAAAAAGUGC